AUGUCGGAUGUUCUAGUCUUCUACAGUCUCUAUCGCAUUCAUCUUUCCUGCUGCAAUUGUCCUGAGGAAUGUGAAUGGUAUCUCGACGUUGAGAGAGAAGAUUGUAGCUUCAGUGAUGCUUGUUCUUGCUGUUGCCACAAGUGUCAUCGCCAUUUCUACAAAUAUAUACACUUUCACAAAGACAGAAGAAACAUGAGAAAUGCUUUGUAG